GAAGCCUCCGAAGCACAGAGGGAGCACUCCCGGUCCCACCAGGAGAUGCUGGGGACUGAACCUGAUGCCUUCUGCAUGCUAAGCAGUUGUUCUACCACUGAGCUAUGGCCCUAGCUCACCAUAUUGCUGUCAGGCUAAAAUGGAGAAGGUGGAGGCUGAAGUGUGUAUGCUCUGUGGAGGAAAGGUGGGAUAGAAGUUUAAGAAGGAAUAAAGUAUGUAAACUAGCCUAUAAGUGAAUAAACUACAGUAUAUUUUUAACUUGCUCUCCUAAUAAUUUGUAUAUAAAUUAUAAAAGUGGUAUAUAAAUUUUGUUAAAUAAAAAAGAGGAAAUGUUCAGACUUUCAAACAGUAUAUUAUGCCCGAGCUUUCAUUGCUGAAACUCCCAACAGCAUUUUCAUGCUCACAAACACCUGAUGAAGGAACCAUUGUGACAUAACCCAUUCAAGCAGAGUGAAGGGGCAACAGGCUGUCAACAGUGGCAGUAGUUGGGGGCUCCCAUCUAUUAAAAAGCCACAGAAAGUCUUUUCAUACUGCCUGAGGAAUUAAUCCCUUAUUUAACGUUCAUAAUUGCUGGAUCGAUUUAACAGGACUGGAGCUAACAUUUGCUUGGAUUUGGCACCAUUGAUAGGGAACUGCCUGCUGCGUCCUCCGCUUUGAAGUCACCCUGGUCUUUGGGCCUCCAGCACCUUCUUCAGCAUGUCCAAACCCAUCUAAGAGGCAUAUGAUACUGGUGUUCUACUGGGUUAGGAAGAAGCCCCUGACAGAGAAGCCGUGCUCUACCAUCUCGGCCAGACCUUCUGCCUCUGCACCGGCUUGCAACACUCCUCACAUUUCACCCUACUUCAUGAGGAGCAAGACACAAUCUGCUCCGCUCAGGAGGUCCAGCAGGCGCAAGGUGCUGCGAUUGCCGAAUCUCACUGACCCCAAGUUUUUAAGAUCUGUCAUUGGCAGCAUUGGCUGGAAGAGAGCCCGCAGGCGUGGCAAACAAAAGAAGACUCCAGCGGGAAAAGGAAAAGGGGUGAGGGCUAGGCUAGAGGCAAGAAGGCUCCAAAGCUAUUUGCGGGGUGGGAUUGCUUUGGAAGAUGCCUUCUCACAAUCUCUACCCUUGAACCACGUAAGGACAUAAGAAGUGCCUGCUGGAUGAGGCCACAUUGGCCUGUCUAGUCCAGCAUCCUGUUCUCACAGUGGCCAACCAGAGGCCUGUGGAAACAAGAGCAUUCUGUAUCCCCUUCCUGCAUCUUCCAGCAACUACUAUUCACAAACGUUACUGCCACUGACUGUGGAGGUAGAGCAUAGCCAUCGUGCCUAGUGGCCAUUGAUAGCCUUUCCUGCAUAAAACCAUCCAAGUUGGUGGCCGUCACAGCUUUCUGUGGGAUUGAGCUUCCAGAGGGGUAGCUGAGCAUGCCUGCUGCAGGAAAAACAGUCAUUAAAAGCACAUUUCUCCCAAAGAAUCCUGGGAAUUGCAGUUUGUAAAGGGUGCUACAAAUUGUAGCUAUGCGGUAGAAGGGUAAUCUACAGUUCCCAGGAUUCUUACAGGGGAGAAGCGAUAAUGCUUUUAAUGUAUGGUGUGUAUACAGCCUCAAAUUAGCUCCACCAGCUCUGUAAUACUAGAGCAAAGAUUAUAAUGCAUAUUGUUGUUGUACUUUUAUAAAUAUUAUAAAACCCAUUCCUGCAAGCCAUGUAGUCUGGAAUAAACUCAGUCACCCCUCCCAUCAUUAAUUGUUUCUUCUAGGUGGGGAGGGGUGUUGGAUCUGCUUCCUUGCCUUGAAGAAAGGCGCAGGUCAGAUGUGUGCCCAGAGCUGGCCACCCUUCGCAAGAGAGGUGUGUUGGUUCAAGGUGGCCACGCGGCCUGCAACUUGCACUCCUUCCUGACGUGUCUUCCCCAAACCCCUUCUUCCAGAGGCUGUGUUGAAGUUUUCCAUCACGUGGAACACAAACUCGCAGAACUACCUCGAGGCUCAGGCAGUGGUGGAAACCCUCCUCAAACAUGAGACGCCAGAGAGCCUCCUGCAAUACGAAGGGAUCAAAGCAGCUGUGGAGUCUCGCCUACCAUACACGGCACUUCCAGAGGCUGGGCCGGUUACUGCAGGCCUCCAUGUUCCUUGAUUUCAUGUGACAAAACAUGAAGUUGCCUGACGCCGCCAAGUGGGACGAGGAGAUGGACACGUGAUGAGCUUUAUUUAUUUAUUUAUUUAUUAUUAAUUUUAUUGAG